ACUCCCGACAAUACCCCCCGGGCCAUCACAGCCGUCUAAUUUCAGCUGUUGGGCCGCCGUCCCCGAAAAGGGACGUGGUGGCGGACCGGGGGCCGCGUACCCUCAUUCAUCAAAAAGGGAAAAGCCCUUCCGUGGAGGCGAAGCUAAAACCGCCCCUUUCCCCUCGUCGGGUAUAAAGCCCCGGCCGCCGAGGCCGAGCGAGAUCCGAUCGGCAGCUGGGAUCCGAUGGGGAACUCGCUGGGGUGCUCCGCCUCCGGCGAGCGGCUGGUCUCGGCGGCGAGGGACGGCGAUCUGGUUGAGGCCCGGAUGCUGCUCGAGUUCAACCCUUGCCUCGCCAAAUACUCCACCUUCGGCGGCCUCAACUCCCCCCUCCACUUCGCCGCCGCCAAGGGCCACAACGAGAUCGUUAUGUUGCUGCUCGAGAACGGCGCCGAGGUGAAUUCGAGGAAUUAUUGCGGCCAGACGGCGUUGAUGCAAGCAUGCCGCCAUGGGCACUGGGAGGUGGUGCAGACUCUGCUGCUCUUCAGAAGCAAUGUUACGAGGGCAGACUACCUGAGCGGCAGGACAGCGCUUCACUUUGCCGCAGCCGAUGGGCAUGUAAGAUGCAUUAGGCUGCUAGCUGCCGACUUUGUCCCGAGUGCUCCCUAUGAUGUGACAGCUUUGUCCAAGGAUGGUGGCGACAAUGCGGGCAGCAAGGAUAGCAGCCCUGAUUCCUCUUCAGGGCGUAAACAUGAUCAAAUUGUGCUUUCGAGGUUCAUAAACAAGCCAGCAGAUGGUGGCAUUACAGCUCUCCACAUGGCGGCUCUGAACGGGUAUUUUGAUUGCGUACAGCUGUUGCUUGAUUUAGGUGCCAAUGUCUCGUCAGUGACUUUUCAUUAUAGCUCAACAAUGAAUUUGAUAGGGGCUGGAAGCACUCCAUUGCAUUAUGCAGCUUGUGGAGGGAACCUUAAAUGUUGCCAGAUACUUCUUGCAAGAGGUGCUAGUAGGUUGACAUUAAAUUGCAAUGGAUGGCUUCCACUUGACAUUGCUAGGAUAUGGGGACGUCAUUGGCUGGAGCCAUUACUAUCACCAGAUUCUGUUUCAACCAUACCAACGUUUACCCCAUCAAAUUAUCUUUCCUUGCCUCUUAUGAGCAUACUCAACAUAGCAAGAGAGUGUGGGUUGCAAUCCUCAACGGCAUCUUCUGAUGAUGGUGAUCUCUGUUCUGUUUGUCUGGAAAGAGGCUGCAGUGUAGCAGCUGAAGGCUGUGGGCAUGAACUCUGUGUGAAGUGUGCACUCUAUCUUUGCUCAACCAGCAAUAUCCCAUCUGAAAUCUUGGGCCCACCUGGGUCAAUCCCAUGCCCUCUAUGUCGACAUGGGAUAGUCUCAUUUAUUAAAUUAGCUCGUUCCCCAGCGAAGGGGCUCAAACCAAACCUCGCCCUCAGCCUCUGCAAUCCAUGCAUUGUUUGCCCUCGUGUGGAGCAACCAGAAACAGGUUGUAGAUCUGAGAUUCGGAAGAACCGUGUGGCUGCAGUUUCUUCUGAGCUUGUUUGUCCGCUCACUUGCAGCCCAUUCCCUUCUGUUGCCAUCCCCUCCUGCAACUGUGAUGAUGACCCGUGCUCAUCCCAUGAACCCCAAGGAGAAACACAAGCACAAUCCCCUCGUCGCUCGCAGAGUGCACCAAACGAGCUGGACAAAAUGGAAGAGCAGAGAGUUGAUAGAACGAGCUGCUCGGGUAUGUUCUGGAAUAGAAGAAGCUGCCACAGAGAGCACCAGUGCAAUUCAGAGAUAAAUGCUUGAUUUGUUUUUUGCUUGUGAAUAAUCUGGUUCAUAGGAUCCAUAGAGAGAUGACUGGCUAUUCCUUUUUAAUAGCUUGUCUCAUUAUUCAUCUCAUAUUGUUCAGCUAUGUAUAUGUUAUUGGCUUUUCUUAGUUCACCGGGAAUUUCAGUAUCUGCAGCACCGUCAUAUUCAGGUAAUUUUGAAGGGUUAGAAUUGAGGGUUUUGUAGUUUGCUGUAAAUUAUUGUAUCAGGUCCAUGACUUUGUACGUUACUAAUGAUUGGUCUUCUGAUUACAUUUAGUAAUCAAACCAACAAUAGUUUCUUUUCAUUUAGUGUAGUUCUUGAGUUGUACAUGAAUUGCACUUUGAUUUGGCGUUGGCUUUCUAUAGUGCGCCUAUUUAUUUGCUCUGA